AUGUCUUACCCAGCUUCCUCUGACCUUCUAUGGGAAAUCACCCGCAACAACUCCAGCUUCCUCGUCAAGAGGAAGACUGGCAGCGGAGUCAGGCUGAGCCGUGAUCCGUUGAACUUGAGGAACGUUCACUCGAGAAAGCACGCUGGUGCCAUCAACAACCAGGCUAUCGGAAUCGUUCCAUCUGGCAAGGGAGGAAUCUCGCUCCUGACCAAGAAGAAGGGUACCGGUGCUACCAUCUCCCAAUCGUACAAGCCAUCGAAGACCUCGCGAAAGGCUUACGUCCAAAUUGCCAACUCCACCACCAAGAAGGGAUACCGUGCCGAUCUGCGUGAGGAUGCCAUUUCUCGUGCAUCCGCCCUGAUCAGGUCCUACAGGAAGUCGGUCAAGCCAACAAAGGAGUCGAAGCCAAGGGGCUCCAAGGCUAAGGCGAGCGCUGCCUCUGCCGCCAGCGCCGACCUGUGA